AUGAUUGUAAAAUUUCAUAAGAAAACAGAGAGAAUAAAAGGAUUGUCGUUUCACCCAUAGCAACCUUGGCUACUCGUUGGAUUGCAUUCUGGAACAAUCCAAAUGAUUGACUAUAGAUUGGGAAGAACAAUAGAAGAAUUUUUCGAACAUGAAGGUCCUGUGAGAUCAGUUUAGUUUCACCAAUCUUUGAGUCUGUUUGUAUCAGGCUCAGAUGAUUUUACUGUAAGAGUUUGGAAUUACAAAACUAAAAAAUGUUAAUUUGUAUUGCGUGGCCAUCUAGAUUUUGUAAGAUGCGUACAUUUUCAUCCAGAAUUGCCGUGGUACGUCUAGAAUUUGGAAUUAUUAAUCAAGACAAAUGAUAGCAAUAGUAACAGGACACAGUCAUUAUGUGAUGCAUUGCGAAUUUCAUCCAACAAAAGACUUUCUAAUUACUUGUUCUUUGGAUUAGACUAUUAGAUUAUGGGUCAAUUGCAUAAUUAAAGAAAAGAUUUACUUAGAAGAAUGUAAAAUAUUCAAAUAAAUUUAUAGGUCCAAAAUGAUCAACAAAAUGAAUUAGAAUUAAUAUCAAUUUUAGAAGGACACAAUCAAGGAGUGAAUUGGUGUACAUUCAGUCCUACUGAAAAUUUAAUAUUGUCAGCAUCAGAUGAUAAGAAAGUCAAAGUUUGGAAAUUUUAUGAAUCAAGAGGCUUUGAAGUUGAUUCCUAUUAGGGUCAUAAUAAUAAUGUAAGCAGCGCUAUGUUUCAUCCAUUUGGAGAUUACUGUAUAUCUAAUUCAGAAGAUAACACAAUCAGACUUUGGGAUAUGAAAAAGAAAUGUGAAAUAGACUGUUUUACAAAUUAUGAAUUGGAUAGAUUUUGGGUUAGUGCUGUUCAUUAGAAUAAUAAUUAUUUUGCAGGAGGAAGUGAUUCUGCUUUAUACAUAUUUACAUUAUUUAGGAACAGACCUGCUAUUUAUUUGACAGAAAAUAAGAAUUUAUAUGUUGGAUCUAAAAAACAAAUCAAAUUAAUAGAUCUAUAGACUAGUUAAGAGAAAAUCAUAAAGAACUUCCAAGAAAUUACAUCUUUAAUAUCAGAUAAUCUAUUAUAAGAUAAUAUUGAGUUUAUCUAAUAAAAUAUUUAUGAGACUAGUAAAAACUAACUCUUAGUUAGGUUGAAGUAGAGCUCUCAUAAUAAAUAGAGAGGAAUAUGCAAAUAUGUGAUUUUUGAAUGUUAAACCAAUAUAAGUCAAAUCUUUCUGGGUAAGUCUGCGAUUUUCAUUGGAAAAUCUAAGAUCUUGAAGUCUAAAGAAAAUUCUGAAUUAGCAAUCUAUAAUUUUGAAGUUGAUUGUCAUACAGCUUUGGGCUUAAAAGCAGAGAAGGUCUUUCCUUAUUUAGGAGGUAAGGCCAUUUUUUAUACUGAUUAAAUAAUAAAUGUAUUUGAUCCUGUAGCUAAUUAAGUCAUCCAUCAAAUACCUUGCUCAAUAGAAUUUAAUAAUAUCAAACAAGUAUUAAGCAACGACACAUAUGUGAUGAUUUAAACUAAAAAAUCUAUUUAUCUGUUUACAAAAUCAUUCCAAAGGGUUACUUAGAUUUAAGAGUCGAUCAAUAUUAAAUCUGUAUUAUUUUUAAGUAGAACGUAAAACAGCUUAAUAUAUUCAACCAAGGUUCACAUAAAGUAUUUAUUAAUAAAUGGAGAUUCUGGUAUUUUUGGAACUGUGGAGACUGUUCCUUAUCUUAUACAAUUACAAUAACCAAUAGAUAAAUAGAGUGAAAAAUACAAAUUAUUUUACAUGAAUAAUGUUGGUAAAUUAUUAAAUAUGAGUCUUGAUUGCUCUGAAAUGCUAUUUAAGUAGGCAUUGAUGGAUAAAAAUGUUAAUUAUAUACAGAAUUUCUUAAAGACACGCAAGAAAAUGGGUGAUUUGAUUACAUCGUAUCUAUAUUAAAAGGGAUUUUCAAUGUUGGCUUAUCAAUUAGUUGAUGACAAAAGAGCUAAAUUUUAACUAGCAUUGUCUUCUAAUAAUUUAGAACUCUCCUAUAGAACAUGUGAUGACUUAAAGAACCCAAUUUGCUAUCAAUAACUAUCCGAAGAAGCCAUGAGAUAGGGUAAUCAUAAUAUAGUUGAAGUUUGCAAGUAGAAAUUGAGAGCUUCUGACGAAUUGUCUUUUCUCUAUACUAUCACAGGUUAAAAUGAGAAGUUGAAUGUUUUAAGUACAAUAGCCAAAGAAUAAAAUGAAUAUAAUACUAGAUUCUAAACAUUAUUACAUCUUGGAAAUAUUAAUUAAAGGAUUCAAUUUUUAUAGGAUUGUAAAUUGAGUCAUCUUGCAAAUCUUAGCAAAUUAGUACAUGGGUUGCAAUAUGAUUAAAAAUCGGUAAUUGCUGAAGAUUUAGAAUGGGUAUAAUCUUUGCAGCCAUAAACAUUAUAACCUCCUAUUUCAAUCAUAAAAUCUAAAUAACAUCCUUUAUUUUCUAUGAAUUGGCCUCAUAAUUUUGUAGACCAAGAUUAAUAAUACAAUCUGUUAAUAGAAGAAGAUUAAGAUACAAAAGAAAAAAAUCAAAAAUAGCAAGAAAAAUCAUCAGGGAAUCAAGAUAAAUAGAAUAUGAAUAAUUGUAAAAAUAGAUAGAAUGAAUAGAAAGUGGAUGACUAAUAGUAAUAAGAGAAGGAAGAAAUAUUUGAAGACUGUUAAUGGGAAAUAAAUGAAUAAGAACUUUUAGAAAUGUAAUUAAACUAAACAAAUUUGGAUUUUAAGAGCUUACAAUAUGGAUAUCCUGAUUAUAAAAAAGCUUUAUCACCUGUCGAAUAAGUAAUUACUGAAUAAUUUUAAUAAUGCUAAUAAACAUUAAAGUCAACAAAAAAUGUGACCAAUCUUAAUCUAUGUAAAGACUAUAUGAAAUAAUUGUGUUUGAGUUCAAUUAUGGAGAUAACUCAAAUACCUUUCCUAUAGGCUGCUCCAUAAAUGCUAUCAACUUUAUAAGAUAAAUAAAAUUUCAAUAGAAAUUCUUAAAAUCUGCUAAAAUUAGGUUAUAAGCAAACUACUGAUGGGAAAUUUCAAGAUGCUUUGAAUACGUUUAAAACUUUAUUAAGACAAGCAUUAUUUUAUGAGAAAAACACAGAUAUUGUACCGAUAUGUUUCAAUUAUAUUAUGGCUAUGAAUUGCGAAUUAAAUAAAAAAGAUUAAAGUGUUUCUAGACAAAUUGAAUUAGCUUGCUAUAUGGCCAUGUGUGAUUUAUAACCAAUACAUCGCUCUUUGACUUUAAGAGCAGCCAUGAGUUUGGCUUAUAAACAUAAGAACCAUUUGACUGGAGCUUAAGUAGCUAGAUAUUUGUUAAAAUUAUUGGAAAAGGCUCCAUAAGGAUCAGCUUAUGCUAAACCUGAAGUUAUAGAUAACGUUAAGAAAAUUUUAAAAAAUUGUGAACAACAAUUAAGAAAUGAAUAUCAAAUUGAUUUCGAAGAAGAUUAUUUAAUCUAAGGUUGUAAGAUUAUAUUUGCAGAUACUUUGACAAUCAAUUAGGAAUAAAGCAAUCAUUAAUGUUUGUUUGAUAAAGCAAUACAUUCUUAAAAAGGAAAACUUUGUAAAAUUUGUGAUUUGUGUUAUAUUAAUUGA